AUGCCUGAACAGACGGGUUAUAGUUACGACUACUACGGUGGUGCACCACCUCCCAAUCCCAUGCAGUCUCACCCUAACCCAAUGGGAAUGGGCCCACCUCCUCCUUCUCAAGUAAACUACAACCAUGGACCAGAUUAUGGGCAGACUGAUCCACAGGGGUAUAGAGGGCAAGGUUACGAUGAACCCAGGUAUGAUCACAACCAGGGGCCGGUGGGUCAACAAUCAUAUUCUUCAUAUGGAGGACAAGGACAAGCCACCCAGCCUCCACCUUCAACUUACCCUCAAAAUCAAGUAUAUGGUCAGCAACAACAGCAACUUGAUCAUUAUGGUAAGCCCCUUGCCUACAACAUGCCGCCACAGCAGCAGGGACCCUAUGGUCAGCCUUACGGACCACCUCCACCUGAUCAGAAGCAGCAACAACCUUACCCUAUGUCAAUUGGGCCCACCCAACAACCUUACCCUUAA